UCGUGACAAUUUUGCUGUGUAUGCGAUAAAAAUUGACCAACUAUAAGUACUAUUUGACAUUUGGUCUCGUCGCAGUUGGAACUAAACGAGCAGAGAAAAUGAUCCGUGCAAUUAUCAUCAGCGUCGUCUGUGUUGCGAGCGUUUGGUCAGCAACAACGAUACCGCCGACAACGGUACGACACCAUCACACACACCAUCCUAGACCCUCGACUGAGCCAGCAGAACAUGAAACCUUCAAAUUUGUGUACGAGCCACACGCGCAUCAAAUGGUUGUAGUUACCGGACACGAAUGCUACGUCUUCUCCCUGUCAGACGCUGAACGAACAGCUGUACACACAGAUGCUGGUAUGAAAGCGCUGGAGCUGAAACUGUUGAGUGCCCUCAGUACGAACGCUGUGGUAACAGCCACAAAAGAAGACCUGAAUCCCAAAGCGGCACAUGCAUGUGGUGGUCAUAUAACAACGUAUUACAAGGAAGCUAGCCCUUGAUUAUUGUAUUCUAUUAUUACAGGCUUACUGAAAUAAAAGGGAAAAAUA